GAAAUCUCGGGCCGGUCGGCUGAGACAGAUUCUAUAUGCAUAGAUUUGGAGUAGGUAAUCCCGCAUCUGCUAAGCGAGUCAGCUCGAUUAGCUAGGUGACUGUCGUUGAGGUUGCAGUACCAGCAUCAAUCGAUGCGGGUUGGGUUGGAGAUGUUCGGUACCACCUCUAAUAUCUGCCAUUCCUGCAGGGUUCCGCACCCCCGUCCGCGGCGGAUAUAUUGUUGAUAAGCACGCAAUUUCCAGCACGCCAGAGCCUCAAGCAGGGCGGAACGUUAUUAGAUAUCACUGUAGAGUUCACAUUCCAAUUAUCGAGACAGUAUAGUACGAAUUCUAAUCACCGAUAAUUUUAAUAUACCUAUCUUAUUAUCUUGAUGUCUUCCAACGUCUGUCUUAAGUCCGACGCGCGAGUUUAACGAGCCGUACACUGACGUCUUAGCCAUGGGAGAUAACGAGAAAGAAGAAAAACGACGCGAUUACGUGGCCGUGGAGGAUGAUAGACCGUCUGAGAAUGUCAUUGCGGCAGAGAAACGACUCGUGAGGAAAACUGAUUUGUUGAUGAUGCCGGGUUUAGCUCUUGCAUACUUUACACAUACCCUUGACCGUGCCAAUAUAGGAAAUGCGAAGACCGAUGGCUUCGAGAAAGACUUGGGUUUAAUAGGCAACCAAUUCUCGCUUCUAUUGGUCUUGUUCUAUAUCCCGUAUGGCCUAUUCAAUAUCCCUUGGUCUAUAUUGGCAAGGAGGUAUAAUCCUGCUCGGAUCAUUCCUCUUGCCAUUUUGAGCUGGGGAGCUUGCACGAUGGCCUCUGCCGCUGCUAAGAACUUUUCUGGUAUUAUGGCGGCGAGGAUUGUAACGGGUGCCCUUGAAGCAGCCUGGUCUUGCGAAGUUUACUAUUUGUCAUUGUUCUAUACUAGAAAAGAGAUCGCGUUUCGAGUCUCAUGGAUUGGACAAAUGGGCUUCAUCGCGGGGGCUGUAUCGGGCUUGAUAUCAUGGAGUGUUUUCCAAUGGGAAGGAAGAUUAAAGGGCUGGCAAUAUUUAUUCCUCAUCGAAGGCUCGAUCACUGUUGUCGUUGCCACUUAUCUUUAUAUCUUCGCUCCCCGAAGCCCCGAAAAAUCCCGGUGGUAUACAGAGGAGGAGGUUAAACUUGCCAAAUGCCGUCUCGAACAAGACUCACAAGACCAAGAUAAGACAUUUCGGUGGGAUGAUGCGAAGAAACAGCUCAGGCAUUGGCCGACGUGGGCUUUCGCGUUUAUGGCUUUGAUGUAUGGCGUUGGCGUAGCUAGUAGCUCUAACUUCCUUCCGACAAUGAUUCAAAGACUUACAAAUAAGACUACAACAGCUAAUUUAUAUACCGUCGGACCCAACUUGACAGCGUCAGUGUUCCAAGUUACGAUAUGCUGGCUCUCGGACCGCUACCAGCAACGCGCGACAUAUGCUUGCGGCACCAUAGUCAUUUCCCUGAUAGCUUGGAUCCUUCUGGGCACCUUAGACUUAGUCCGCUUGCCUCAAGUCGGGUACUUCUUAACGUACCUGAUCACAUUUGCUACCUUCAUCCCAAGUAACUUAGUGCCUGUAUGGAUUGCAUCGAACACCCCUACCACGACGGGCCGGGCCGUAUCUCUUGGCAUGAAUUACAUGGCUAUGAACUUGGCAGGCAUUGUUUCGUCGUUAAUAUAUCGAGAGCAAGAUGCACCGGUCUAUCGGCCAGCGCUUAUCACUGUCGGGUGUACCCAAGGUGUUUUCAUUGUUACAGCCUUGAUGAUGCGACAGUAUUAUGCUCGUAUAAAUAAGAAACUCGAUUCAGGAGAAGUUCCCCACGCGCCGGGCAUGGAGGGUCGGCCCCAAUAUCGGUAUGCAGUCUAAGAGCUAGCUAAAAAAGGGGAGCCUGCACCAACACCGAGUAAUUACCUACCAUCAUGUAGAUAGCUCCGGAAUUCUUGGCAUCCCCUACUUCUGAAAUAGAAAAUACAUUGAUACCCAGAAGCUACCUAUCAAAUCGGUUUCAUUCAGUUGUUUACCAUAGAAUCUUACCUAAGCAGCCAGUUGAAGAGGCCGGUUUUCCCCACGAAGUCCGGCAAAAGCAAAUAUUCACCUGCAUUUGAUGAUACCUGGUGCUUAGCUUGGCACGCCACGUGGCUGACUGGCAGUGUUCGUGAAGAUAAAUUACUGGUAAAAUACAAAAUAAUACACGCA